UAGCUAUUUGAUUAAAUUUUAAUAUCGAAAACGAAUUAGGCGACUCAUAUCUCAACAAAUUUCAACAUGGGUUUUCAAUGUUCAAAAAGAAUUAUGGGUUUUCAAAAGUAUUUAAGAGUCUUUUUUUUUAUUUCUUCUUAAAUGAUAUAUUUACCAAUGAAAAUGCGCUUAGAACUUAGAAAUUAAUGAUAAAGAAAUAGUAGUGUGACACAUAUGUAUAUCUUAUAUAUAUAUUAAGUAAAGAUUAAUGAUAUAUUAAGUAAAAUCUAAUGAAAUCUUAUAAAUAUAGUGAUGUGACUCAUGUGCAUAUCUCAUAUACACAUAUUAAGUAAACAAUCAAAUUUUUUAUUAUUAUAAAUCUUAAUUACUUACAAAGUAAGCAAUUUUCUAAGAAUCUCAGCUAUAGUAGUAUAAUAAAUUCAAUUAUUCUAAAUACAUAUUUUUAAAAAAUUUAAGAUUUGUUUCCAUUAAUUAGUCAAGAAUGCAUACAAAUCUAAAAUGUCUACGCUAGAAAAUUACUCCAUUUGUAUUUCAUAAGGUAUAUUUUUAUAGAUUUAUAUAUAUAAAUAUGUUUAUUCAUAAAGUCAUAUUUGUAUAAAUAAUUUCAUAAUAUCUUUAAAAUUUAAACCAAUAUUAAUUAAAUAAACUUAAUUAUUUACAAUAGAUAUUUCGUAAAGUAUUUGCUUUAAAUUAAUACAAUUGAAUAAAUAACAGGUACAUUUAUUUAUAAAAGAAAAAGAAAAAAUCUAUUAAAAGUUAUUUUCUAAAAAUGAAAAAUACAUUUUUAAAAGCGGAAAGUUUAUUAUACUAGAUUUUGAACCGCAAAAUUACAAAAUUUCGCGCGAAACACAGAUCACCCCCACUAGUAUAUAUAUGUGUAUUUUGGUACACAAAAUUUCAUCUGCUCAUAAAUUUGGAAAGGUGAAGAUAAAAAUCCACCACAACCUAUCUCACCUCUAUAGCCAAUCUUUAGAAGCCCUCCUUACUUGAUAUCCUCACCUUUUCUAGAUGUUUACAUUCAUGGAUACAGCCGGAGUGAAACGUGCUCGCUACACUAGCCCGCCUGGUGAAGUUGAUCGGCUAAGCAGUUUGCCAGAUUGCUUGAUAUUCCAUGUACUCUUAAAUCUUCCGACCAAAGAUGUGGUUCAGACCAGUCUCUUAUCCCCCAGAUGGACACAUCUCUGGAAACACGUACCUGGUCUAGACUUAGACACCGAAGAUUUCAAAGAACUUGACACCUUCGUGACUGUUGUCGAUAGCUUUCUUGAACGUAACCGCGGUUCGUCCGUACAUUGUUUUAAGUUAGCGUACGACUCUCCCGUCGUUGUUGAGCCUAACACUGGUCUUGUCAAGCGCUGGCUCGACGCUGCUGCUAAGCUGAAAGUUAAACAUCUCAAUGUUUCGGACAAUUCAUCACAGAGUUGGGACCUCGUGAUGUCUCCAACGGUUUACACCUGUAGCAGCUUGGUAUCCUUAAGGCUCGUGGGGCUAACCUUACCUAAUACCGAGAGUGUUUCAUUACCUUCUCUCAAAGCUAUGGUUUUACUCCUCGUUGAGUUUACCAACAAUCGGGCAUUAGAGAAUUUAAUCUCAAAAUGUCCAGUUCUUGAAAACUUAUGUAUUGAGAGAAGCUACGGUGAUGGAAUAUCGAUUUUACGUGUGCAUUCUAAGUCUCUGUUGACCUUCAUGCAUGAUGCGGGUAAUAACGAGGAUUAUGAUGAAGAUCGUAUAGUUGAAAUCGAUGCUCCCAUGCUUAUUUAUCUGAGGAUCAGUGAUGCUCGAACUACAAGUUUCAUAAUAAAGAGUCCACCUUCCAUUGUGGAAGCGGAUAUAGAUACUGUGUUUAACUUAAUUUCUGGAAGGAGACUAGGAGUUGCAAAUGAAGUACAAAAGAGAGAGAUGGUUCGUGAUUUUCUCAUUGGGAUCUCUAAUGUGAAAGAUCUGACCAUAGCCUCCUCUACUCUCGAGGUCAUUUAUGACUACUCAAGAUAUGUACAACUACCGGUGUUUCGUAACCUAUUUCUAUUGCGUGUCACGUUCGAUAGCUACAUGUGGGAGAUGCUGCCAGUCUUUCUUGAAGUCUGUCCAAAUCUGAAACAUCUUGUCGUGGGAACUUCUGAAAAUCCCAAGACGGUGGGAAUUACUGUUAUUGCCAGGCCUUGGAAUCUGUUAUCAUCUCUAGAGCAUGUUGACAUUGAAAGGCAUCUGAAAGGGGAGGCGUUGGAGAUGUCACUAGUGGGCUAUUUUCUUGAGAGCUCACCAAACCUCAAGACACUAGUAUUAAGCUUGGAUGAUUCGCUAAAGAAAGGAGAAUCUGCCUACAAGCUAACAUUAAGUUUGGAUGAUGCCCCAAAGAAAGAAGAAUCUGACAUCUUCAUAGAACUCCUUAACUUUCCGAGACUCUCUAGCUCAUGCAAAAUUGUUGUCUGAUCAAUGAUCCUCAUAGUCAUCACCAGUGGACAUAUAAGUUGUCUUUGAUAUGAUCUAUUUGUUGCUUUUUUAGUUUAUUAUGAUAUUGGAGUGUUGAAGUUGGUAAGAUAAUUAUAGUAUUUAUCAUAUUUAUGAGUCAAAUAAGUAUUUGAUUUAUCGUGGCUAAAGGCAUAUAUGCUUUGGAAUUUGUGAACAUGGUUUUGUGCUUCUUCUUUUUGUCUUGCAUAGAGCUAUAUAUAAUUUGUUUGUAUUAAACAAAACAAUUGGUACCUAUAUAAUAAAAAAUUGUUUUAAAAAUCACAAAAAACAUUUUUGGAAGAACACUUCUACCUCCAAAAAAUCACGUUUGUACUAGUGGGAAUAAUAUCUCAUCAAGCUUCUGAUUACGUUUCAAUUCAUUAAGAAUAAAAAAUGAAAACCAAAAAAAAAAUAAGAAAAAAAUAAGAAGAAUCUUUUGUUAGAAAGACUCUCAAACGAUUAUGCGAGACUCUAAAAUUAGGUGUCAAGUUAUCUAAAAAUGGAAAUGGUCUUAUGCUAGAACUUUAAUAUUAUAUAUUGGUUUUCAAAAAUUAGGGUUUUUUCUAGGUUUUCUAUUUUUCAUCGUUGUAUUCAUAAAUUACGGUAAUAUUUUCUAUUUAAGAAGCCUAAAACUAUUUUAUAGGAUAGUUUUUGAUAUUUUAAUACACAAAUAAUUAUUUUAAAUAUUUUAUUCUUCCUGAUUGAACUAAAUUUAUUAAAAUAGGAAGCUGAUCUUAAGUCAAUAUUGCAAUUUCCAAAUUAGAAUUGUCAAAUCUCUUAGGUAAAAAAAAAAUUAUGACUAUCGAACUGAUCAGCUGAUUAUUUUUAAGUAAUUUUAUAUGGUUAUUGAGAUUUUUAACUCAUUUUUUCAAAAAUUAAUGUUAGAUUCUACUAAUUCAUUAGUUGUAUUAACAUUCAUAGUGUAUCUGAUAGUUCACAUGUUUUUAUCAUAUAAUGUUUUAAAAUAUCCAAAUAGUAUGAUGCGUAGUAAUGGAUAGCAUGAUACCAUUGUUUCUUCUACCAUAUAUAUGAUAGUAUUUUUACUCAUAUAUUGUCUCAUAUGUACACAUUUACAAAAAGUAACUCUUAAAGAGGAUCAAGCAGAAGAAAAGCAAGUCCAUAUAUGUCGGAAAAUGGAAUCUGUAGCCGUUAUAAACAGAGGCUCCUCUGUCACCUGCAAGAACUCUAUUUUGUCGUGUUGAAACGGUCAUUGUUGACUAAUCAAUACAAUACUAAAAGGGGAAUAAGGGCUCCCCUCAUGCUUCCACGUCAUCACAAAUAAUCAGCCAAUAGGAAACCACUGAUCAGCCACGUCAGAUGCAGCGCACAUUGCAUUUGGGCCUCACAUCAAAUCGGCCCGAUAGUGUUUGAAAUCCGAAAGCCCGGAGAGUCCAUGUAUCGGUGAAGUCUUCUGUGCGAUCUUCGAUCCCCUUUGUCUUCCUGUUCCGUCGAUUCCCUUUUUCUUCCUCUUCUCCGUUUAUUACGUUUCACAAAUCUUUAUCGUGGACGAUCAAUUUUAUCCCCACUCUACUGAACUUUAAAUCUCACUAAUGGAUCUUUAUCACUUUCUCCGUCCAGCUAUCGAUUUCAAAGGUAUGAUGUCGGGAUUUCGCCAUGCCGGUGUGUCCAAGAUCGGCGUUGGAUCCAUCACCUGUUACCACCAGAUCCGCGCCUACGGAGUUGUCCCGCGGCCUUAAACGGUGGCUCUGAAACAGAGACCAACUCCGAAACCCUAGCUUCACGGAUCUGCUCAAGCCUCCAAUCGUCGCUUAGGUCUGAGAAUCACAAGCAGACGCACUCCCAAGACGGCGGGGAAUAAGCUGGACCGAAGAGAAACAAACGAGAGAGAACCGCCAUCCCUCACCGUAGAUUCGUCGACACCAUCUCCGUCCAGCUACGACCUCUGAACUUCAUCACUUAUUAAUUCAAUCUCCAUCAAUCAUCAAUCAUCUUCACCACCCUUAGCAUUCAGAAGUAUCUUCUGAUUAGCCAAUUAUAGCAGUGGAUCUCCCAAAUUCCUUUUAUCUCGGUACGUUCUUAUUUGUUCAUUCCUGCAAAUCUACUUCUACUUCCUGUGUCCAUAUGUUUUCUUGAUCUUACGGAUCCUUUGUUAAAAUUAUGUCAUAAAUGAUGAAUCUUUUUCUUCUUAUUGAAGACAUCACUAAGCAUAUAUAUAUAUAUAUAUAUAUAUAUUUACUAUAUCUUUACCAAUGUUAGCACAUGUAUGUAUCUGAUCUUAUUGUCUUGAAUCUGGUUAUUUAUUUGUUUUUUUAAAGCGUUUUCAGCGGUACUCAUACCAGCCACCGUGAUAACUAUCUCACUGGUGUCUCUGUUGGGGACUGUCCACGUUUAGGGUACAUCAAAGUUUAGAAAUUUGACGGAGUCAUUGCAUAUACACUUGGUGGAGUGCAGUCCCGCGUUGCAGAAACUUCAGCACCAGAACCUGAAGUGCACAGAAGAAAGUAGUUUGGAGAAGAAAGCUAUAAGUUCACUAGCUGGGACACCUGUGCACUGGCACACUACUCUUGAAGAGGUACCAUCAGGAGGUAUGCAUGUUUGUUACAUUUACUUAUUGAGAAUCUCUUAUGAGGCUCUUGGCUUAAUAUAGCAACAGUCAACGUCGUAAGCAAUGAAAAAUAUGAUGAUCUGCAUCGUUCCUCAUUGUAUCUAUUGUUCUCUUUUGCUUGCCUUGGCAGUACCAACAAUAAUCAUAGCUCAUGAGUUCUAUGAUGCUCUUCCAGUUCAUCAGUUUCAGGUUUGUGUGAUUUGCAAUAUAGUCUUCUCAUUUUUCCAGCUUGUGCUUCUCUUUCUGGUUAUUUUCUAUGUUCUGUGUAUGUUGCUUUCAAAGCAGUUCAUCUUGAAGAAACAACAUGAAGCUGUGAGAUUCUUUCCCUUUUAGUUCCUAUAUAAUGGUCUUUCUUUUUCUAUUGCUGGUCAUUCUAAAUGGUUUCCUUAUCCAGCUCCAGAAGCAACAAGGUCAGUCUUACGCACCUAAUGAAGAGAUGGAUGAGAGUCUUCAUGUAGCGACAAGUGGACGAUCACAUGGGCACGGGGAGUUUGAAUUCAGCGAGAUCUUUGUGCAUCGGUUUUUUCACACCAUAGAAUUUUUUGCUUAGAGCUGUUUCCAACACCUCUUCUUACCUGCGUAUAUGGGCUCUCAGGUAUCUAUCUAAUCAUGGAGUAGUAGGAAGCUAUUAUAUAUAUUACUCAUGGCUUAAUUAUAUCAAUCAUCCUUUGUGUGUAUUGCAGUCUUCACACUCGGAGAUAUCGUCAGUCUUCUAUGAGACUAUGAGAAGGUCGCCCUUCUCGCUUGGGGUAUGCGCAUCCUCUCAUUCUCUCUCUCUCUUAGUCUAACUAAUAUUAGCAAAUCAACUAAUCGAUCUUUGUUUUUUCAUUAAAAUAAACAGGUACAACAAUGUGUUGAUCCUGAUCGUUGGGAUCAUUGUUUUCAUAUUGUGGGAUUGCUGCUGGUGAUAGAGACACUGAGCACGUUCCUUCGCGCACUGCGUCUCCACUUGGUGGAGUUUCAGAACAAAUUCUAUGCUCAUUUCUCUUUCGUUCUCACCGGAAACGAAGACGAUUGAUAGGGAUGAAUGAUUGUUCCAUUCCUAUCCCAUUCUCUGCAAAAUUUGCAUAUAUAAAAAAGGAACAAGACAAACCAAGUUUUAUUUAUUUUCUGCGAAUAUAUUUUUCCCCUUCCACUUUCAGGGUGGGCAGAAUUAAAUAUGUUUAUUUUGUUUGCCUGUCUGGAGAUUAGAUUUUUUUAAACAACAGUAGAGAAGGGGCUAAUGGAAUUUGUAUAAGGUAAACUCAUUUGUUGAUGUGUUUGUUUGGAGUUAAAUACGUGAGGAUUUGUUUCCACUUACUAUACAGUUCAUCUACUGAAAAUUGUUUGUCAAUAAGGAAUCAAAUACUCGACAAAUCACUUUUCUUUAUCGAGAUAACACAACUUCUAGAAUCUCUAACAGUUUGUUUGGAAUUGGUGUUGUUGUCUGCAGGCACAAUCCUUUUUGCGAGAGUCAAUCCUUUUUGAUGAGGUCCUAUAACAAAUUAAGGUACUUUAACUAAGUUCUCUCUUACAAACAAAUAGAAAGUAAACUAGAAUAAUGAUUUGUUUCAGAAUUUACAAUUUUGCUUAUCUAAAUACAGGUGAGAGCCUGAGAGAGUUUGGCAUAUUAACUUUGCUUAGGGUUUUGUUUUUUUUCUUCAUCUGUUUUAGGAGUUGAAUAAUAUUUUGACAGACUUGAGUGUGCCAGUCUUUACUUAUGAGAUAUUAUGUGUGUUGAGCCAAAUAAAAUGUGUUUUGGUUCUAUACACGUGAUUGAAUAUUUCUCUUCUUUUUUUUUACAUUUUGUGUGGAAGUACAUUUGCUUAUUGUUAGCUUGAGGUUCAGUUUCUAAUGUCACUCAGAUCACAAUGGAAUAAUAUAUAACAUUUCAGAUUUUUGCAUAUUUGAAAUUUUUUGCAGCAAAUUAAACGUACUGUCUGGUCUUAUACAAAAACAAAUUUCUCUAUUCAAAUAGAAACAUUAGAUUUCUUCAGGUGCAAAAAGCUGAUGUGGUGUGAAAUUUGUUGAUUAUGAUCUGUUUUUAACGUAAAAUGUACAUUUAGUAGUCACACAGUAAGUUAAAGUGAUCAACCUUCUCUCAUUUUCAGUUACCACAAUUGGUUAAGAAUGGAUUAGUAAUAAUAUAUUCAAAUUUAAACGAUUUUGUAACUGUCAUAGUGGUAAAAAAUAAAAAGGGAAUAUCUAAAUUAGAUUUCUUACAUUAAUCAAUUUAUUUAUUUUUAUGUGUUAAAAUGUUGUUUGGAAAUCAUAUCCUAACUUUAAUUAGGAAGAAGUUAAAAAUUUAUGAAUGGUGCUAUUGUUAAAAAUUCUUAAAAAAAAACGGAGUUUGUCAAUAAAAUCGUACCAUAAGUUAUGUAAGUUUGGUUGAAUAUCUAAAAAUUAAGACAUGGAAGGAGUCACUGGAUAUCAAUACAAAGAUUCAUGUUUUGCCUCUAUAUGCAUAAUAAAUAUAUAUAUAUAUAUAUAUAAACAUACCUGAAGCGAAAAAUAAAUAGAUUUUGAUUAAAUGAAAAAAAGUUUCACAUCAAAUUUGUAGAAACAUAGAUAUAAAGAAGCUUAAGGAACAAAAGUAAUCACUAAAUUACAUAUUAACUUAAAAUUUGUAAAAUCUUACAAUAUUUAUUUAAAAAUGUUUGCUAUAAUAACGUCUCCUUCCAUAUAUAUUAACAAUCAUGCGUACUCAGUUGCGGUAACAAAGAACAUAUGAAAAAAAUUGUAUAAAAAAAAAAUGAGAAAACGCUAUUUUGAACUAAAUGCUUAAAAGUCAUAAAAAAUGGAUACAGAGAGAUGUAAUCUCCAUAAAUGUGCAGAGCAAUGUGUAGAAACUACAUGACAUUUUUUUGUCAAUGCAAAAAGAUACAAUCUUGACAUGAAUAUGAAAACGGAUCACAGUAUAACCCCAACAUAAGAAUACAACCCAAUUUAAUAACAAAAUACACACCUAGGAUAUUAUUUUCUUAACUUAAACUCCAGAAAAGUCUACAUAAAAAGUUCAUCAAUCACAACAAUGCUAAAAAACACGUAAAAAUAAUGAAAUAUAAUAAAUAAUUGAGAUUUAUAGAAAUAGUUGUCAAAUGUUGAUCUUAAGAUUAUUUAGGUUUAUGAAUGCUUUUCCAUAUUUAGAGUGAAAGCUAUAAGCACAAAAUAUGAUUUUUUUUAAGAUGACACGUAUUAGAUGACAUACAUUUGGAAGACUAUUAAACUAUAUUAUAAUUUUACAAUACAUUGUAACAGUUUUAGUGUCACUUUUAAGUAUUAUAGCAAAUCUUAUUUUGAAUCUCAUAUGAUCCAGUCAAGAGAGGUCAUGUUAAAUCCUCGCAUUUUCCCUUGGUUUCAGGACAUAACUAAUGAUAUAUUUUCAAGAUUACUAUGGUUGGAGUCUUGGAGUAUUGAACAUGUUAUUCCAAGGAGGAAUAUACAGUGUUACAUGCGAGAAUAGGGCAUCACUCCUACAUUGAUGUGGCUGGUCCGGCUUGGUUGCAUUCGAUGCUUGCUCAAUAAAGCGGAAAUGCUUGAAACCCGUAUCUACCAUCAAACAUCUACCAACAACAUCAUAUGAAGCAGGUAAAAGAAUAGACACACACGAUGUAAGAGCUUAUUUAGAGAUACUGGUGAUUCCAUGAUUACAAACAAUUUUGAAUUCAUUAGAGAAUAAAACAUACGAUGAAGCGUGAUAGUGAAUUUGUUGAAGAAGACAAAGUAGUGAUUGCUCAUUAAGAAGUCCAUGAUGCUGCGUUUGGAGGAUGUGCCAGAAAGAGAGAAGAAGACGGUAAAGAAGCAAAAGAAAAUGUUGAAAAUGGUAGCCAAGGCUUUGGGUGCGCUAGAGAGGACAAAGAGACACAAACUAGCUCAGUGAGUAAAUCAUGCCGAAAAAUUACUUGUGAUAUAGUUUGGAAUUGUAAUAUGCAGAACAUGAUCGUAUUAUUAUCGUGAGAAAUUAUGUACUUGUGUUUUGUCUCAAUUCCACCAUGUUAGUUUAUUGCA